UUCUAGUGCUGGUGGCAGACUGCGAUAGUGGUUGUUGAAACCACUCAGGAACUGAGUGCAAGUAACAACUUACUCCUGGCAGAACCAUUUAUGUCAACAUGUUAAUAAAAGAAUACAGAAUUCCUCUGCCGCUUACGGUGGAGGAAUACCGAAUUGCUCAACUGUACAUGAUAGCCAAAAAAUCCCGGGAGGAAAGUAGCGGCGCAGGCAGUGGCGUAGAAAUUCUGAUAAACGAACCGUACGAAGAAGGUCCCGGGGGAAAAGGACAGUACACGAGAAAGGUUUAUCAUGUCGGCAGUCAUCUUCCAGGUUGGUUCAAAGGUCUCUUACCCAAAUCAGCUCUCACUGUAGAAGAAGAGGCAUGGAAUGCAUACCCUUAUACAAAAACGCGAUACACAUGUCCUUUUGUAGAAAAAUUUUCAUUGGAAAUCGAAACUUACUAUUAUGCCGAUGAUGGGCAUCAGGAUAAUGUUUUUAAUCUUGCAGGAAGCGACUAUAGGAAUAGAAUUGUUGAUGUAAUAGAUGUAGUUAAGGAUCAACUUUAUGGAGCUGAUUACGUAAGAGAAGAAGAUCCAAAAUUUUAUAUAUCAGAGAAAACAAAUAGAGGUCCAUUGAAUGACAGCUGGUUGGAAUAUUAUUGGAACAAUGUCAAAGAUAAACCGCAGCCCACGCCCGAUGGUUUGGCGCUUAUGUGCGCUUAUAAGUUAUGCCGAGUCGAAUUCAGAUAUUGGGGAAUGCAGACGAAACUAGAGAAAUUCAUUCAUGAUGUCGCUUUGCGCAAAACGAUGCUCCGAGCGCACAGGCAGGCCUGGGCGUGGCAGGACGAGUGGCACAAUCUGACGAUGGACGACAUCAGGGAGAUCGAAAGGCAAACUCAGUUAGCUCUCAGAAAUAAAAUGAACAAUAAUUCAGAAGAUACUGAAACCGCAGAAGACGCAGUUGAUAAAAAUGAAGGCGAUGAUAAAAAGUCAAACGCCGACAAUGUUAGUAUAUCUUCUGCGAACAAAAACCGAAAAUCUGUGGCUGUGAAAAUGUCCGGUAUAGCUAAACCUAAGCAAAAGGUCAGUCCGAGAGCAUCCAAGAAGUCUACGACUAGUACUGAUACUAAUAAUACUAAUAAAAGUACUGAUAGUGAAGAUGAUUUAUUAAGUGAUCAAGCUAGCAGGUCAUCCAUAGGCAUCAAUCAGAAUCCAAUAGAUUGGCGAUUGGUGCGAAGGGAUUCUGAUGAAAGUUGUACUGAAGAUAGUGAUGAAGACGAUGACGAAGAAUUUUUCGACUGUCAAGGUGAAAUGGCUGUUGAAGCAACAUCAUUAGCAAAAUGGAGUUCUUUAGAAUUGCUGAUGGAGGAAGAUUUAGAUGGAUCGCCCUUGACUGGUGGGUCUAAUGAUGAUAGUAUAUUUAGUCCGUCAUAUCGAAUGUCUGCGAAAGCUGGUAGAGUUCCAAGAGGAGGCGUUGGUGAUAGUCCGGCGACUUCUGUGUCUUCUGCUGGUCCUUCUCCAUCAAGAGUUGGACGAGACUUUGAUGAUAAUAGUUGCCCCACUACAGUUCUUAUAUUAGUACUGCAUGCUGGUAGUGUUCUAGAUGCUCAAGUUGAUCCGACAUCCAAAAAAUCUGAUGUUUUAACAUUUGUUGGAGCUUUAGAAUGUGUGGUAAAACAGCAUUAUCCAGCUUUAUUGGGGCGAAUAGCAGUUAGACUCGUAGAUUGUCAAAGUAUUUGCGCUCAUUCCAUAGCCGUUCUGAACAGUUUAAGUCCAUAUAGUUUUGAUACAUCGCCUAUAUCCACUGGUGGGGCAUCAGCAUUUCAGCAGCAAAAUGACAGAGAAUGGUCUAACGCUGGUGCCACUCAGGAUUCCAUACCGAUUGGAGCUAUUCCAUUGCUAGCAACAAAUACUCAGGAGUACCAUGAUAUUGUUCACAAAACAAUAAUUUCAACAAAUAACGUAUAUAAUGAAUUUCUAAAAUGUUCAGAAGGCAGAGGUUUUUGUGGUCAAGUAUGUCUUAUAGGAGAUUCAGUAGGUUCAAUACUUUGUUUUGAUGCUUUGUGUAAAACAUCCCAACGAAGAGACAGUGAUUCCAGUAUUAUUCUAGAUAACGCUGAAAUUCCGGUUUGUAUAGAUGGCAAUUUAGAAAAUGAAAUUGAUGCUCAAAGACUACUUCAAGCACCGGCCACCCGAAGACGAUCUUCUUCUAUAAGUGAGGUAUCAAACGCUAGUGUUAGAUUUGAUUUUGACGUUUCCGACUUUUUUAUGUUUGGAAGUCCAUUAGCUUUAGUACUGGCUGCUAGGAGGAUUUCUGAUGAUAAAAAUGGUACAAUACCUCGACCACAAUGCACUCAAAUCUACAAUCUAUUCCAUCUCACCGAUCCUACAGCCGUCCGUCUAGAACCUUUACUAAGUGCAAGGUUUAAGCAUUUACCUCCAGUUGGAGUAGCACGAUAUGCUAAAUAUCCUUUGGGAAAUGGUCAACCUUAUCAUUUAUUGGAGUUAAUACAAAGCAAUCCGCAACUGUUUACGGACAAUUUUGGUACAACCUCUUCAGGUCACAAUCAAUCGAGAAGGCUGUCUGAUGUAUCAAUACAAAGUUCAGUUAGUGGACUUAUGGAUAACAUUCCUUUACAAACAAUAAACGCACUGCAACAAAAAUGGUGGGGUACCAAACGGCUAGAUUACGCUCUCUAUUGUCCCGAAGGUUUGGCAAACUUUCCAACCAAUGCGUUGCCACAUCUAUUUCACGCCAGUUACUGGGAAAGUUUAGAUGUGGUGGCAUUCAUUUUAAGACAGGUGGGACGACUGGAUCCAUCUUCACUCGCAGGAUAUGAUGAUUCACCGUUUUCAUUUCAAACUGGUUUUACUUCAAACAAUGCUGUAAGUGAUUCUGCUUCGACAUUUAAACCAAUGAGAGCGCGAGAAAAAUGGCUGAGGAGGAGAACUGGCGUCAAAUUGCGCAGUGCUGCUGCCAAUCACAGGGCAAAUGAUGCUCUUGCAGGUGAAGGAGCGGAGCAAAAACUAGUUGCACGUUUUGCUUAUGGUCCUUUGGACGUAAUAGCACUCGCAGGAGAGCUGGUUGACGUCCAUAUUUCAGAUGGAAGUGCAACAGCAAACGCUGGUAACGCCGGUGAAUGGAAUUAUUUGGGAACGGUGUUAACAGACAAAACAGGAAGAGCAACAUUUACAAUUCCGCAGGAUAAAGCCAUGGGCUACGGAUUGCAUCCUGUUAAAAUGGUUGUAAGAGGUGACCACACUUGCGUUGACUUCUACUUAGCAGUUGUUCCACCACAAACAGAAUGCGUCGUAUUUAGUGUAGAUGGCUCAUUUACGGCCUCCGUUUCUGUAACGGGUAAAGAUCCAAAAGUUCGAGCUGGUGCAGUAGAUAUCGUGAGGCAUUGGCAAGAAUUAGGUUACCUAAUAGUAUACGUAACUGGCAGACCAGACAUGCAGCAAAGACGAGUAUUGGCUUGGUUGUGCCAACAUAAUUUCCCUCACGGAUUAGUUUCAUUUGCAGAUGGUUUAAGUACAGAUCCCUUAGGUCAUAAGGCAGCAUAUCUUAAUGGAUUAAUCACAAAUCAUGGUGUUAUUAUUCAUCAAGCAUAUGGUUCAGCAAAAGAUAUUACAGUGUAUACUAAUAUAGGCCUUACUCCGAAGCAGAUAUAUAUAGUUGGAAAGGUAUCUAAGAAGCACCAUUCCCAAGCGACCGUAUUGUCCGAUGGUUAUGCGGCCCACCUUGCUCAAUUGUGCUCUCAAGGGCACGCUAGGGCCGCUCAGGGCCACAGGGCCCUGUUGCCCCGUGGUCAUUUUGUUUUGCCCGGACAAUUUGCAGGGGCUAACAAUUCACUCAGGCGGCGAAGAUCAGCGAAGCGAACUAAGAGCUAUCCGGUGAUGGACGAGGCCUGCUCCCUACAGAGGUCUAUGAGCACCAGAUUGCCCUGCGUCAAAAGUCAACUUCCGACACAAAUCUGCCUAUAUCAGGGUCAACAAAAUAUUGCAUCUCAAAUAUGCCAGUAUCAGCCUCAACCAAAUGUAGGUCCUCCCCAAUAUCAAUCCCAGUUAUCAAAUGUUAAAAUUCAGUCGAAAGCCGGUAAACCAGCCAGAACUCCUAGUGAAGAAGAAAAGUAAAGUGCAAAGAUCUGAUCAAUGUUAGAUUAGGUUGUGAUUUAUUAAAAAAGUGUGCGAAAAUAGAUUAUUUGGAAAUUAUUAAUGUAUAGACCCGUUGAUUAUAUGUAGUUUGUUAAAAUGUAAAAGAUUCUAUCGAAGUCUAGUAUUUAAUUAUUAAUGUGGGUAGAGGUAACUUGAACAUGACAAAUUUAGGAUAAAAUAAUGUUAUACAAAUUCAAAUUCUAUUUAAACAAUUAAUACGGUAUUGUGGGUGUAUGCAGACACUUGGGUGCUCUGCAUACCUAUGGUCAUCAUAUGAUAGGAAAUAUUUAUUUUAUUAAUGUUAUCUGAAUCAAAUACAGCAUUUUUAAAACCACGAUUAAGGAUAUCGAAAAUUUGCUGGCCAUAGAAAAAAUGUUAAAUAAACGUUACUAUAAUUUUUAU